UUAAAAAGAAAAGAAACCUCAAAAUUACCCGAAAAACAGGAGCUGCAGGAGUUUUAAUUAUGCAAGAGCGAGAAAGAGCAUAACCUACCUACUACAAAAACAAAAAAAAUUAUAACUCGCCCUCAGAAAGAACUUGCUUGUAUCAAAAAAAAAAUCAAAAAAAAAGUUUGAGAACCACUGACCUCAACCAACCAACCAACCUCCGAAGAAAAAUCAAAGAUGUCAGCAAAAAAUUUUCUGAAAAUUUUCACACAAGUUUUUGCAUAAAAUCGCAAUUUAUCAUUAUCGUGUGUUUUGAUUUUUAUUAAAAAAAUCAAUUAAAAAUAUUUCUAAUUCGUUUGGAAUAAAAUUUUCACCAAAAUUCUUAUUUUUCCAUCGAGAAAAAUCAAUUUCAAUUAAACCAUCACAAAUUGAAUUGUGUCGGAGUCGAGUUGUGACAACAGGGAAGAAAUUUACAAGAGGCUAGAAUUUGUUGGUUCUAAUCUGAUUUUGCGUGGGUUUUGUUGAUUUGGGAACAAUACAAUAAAAGACACGAGGGAGGAGGGUUUUAUAUUAAGUACUUUUGUCAAUUUUAAACAUCUGGCAAUGGAUGUUGACGUUUCAAAGUCUUUGAAACGAUGCCUAAGUGUGCCAAUCAUAAAUAACCAACUUCCGAAUCAGCAACAGCCAUCGUCGUCGUCGUUGGCCACGAGUUCAAUCGUAAACAAUCAAACACCCAAGAAACAACAAAUUCUACCUAAACAUCAAUUUGCCCAAUCAAUUGAGAAAAUGACAUCGACAACUGCAACAUCAACUGUGCCACAAAUAUCGAAUCCACCUUCCAGAGAAGUAUCACCAGCUCCAGUUUUUAAUAUAUUCGCUCCACGGGCACGUCGUUAUUCAGCGAGUUUUAGCCCUCUAGGAGUUGCUGCUGCAGCAGCAGCUGGUGGAGGAGGAGGAGCUGGAGCAACAACUCCAGUUCCUAGGUUAACUCCACGAGUGUCACAGUUGCGACAAGAGGAAUGCGCUGAUUUGAACAGUCGUGAAGUCAAUCACGAACGUGAGGUACACAGUGCUAUACAAAUGUCUCAGAGUUGGGAGGAUUUGACUUUAGUAACAGAGAAUUGGUCUUGCAAAUCAGAUGAAAUGAGCAAUCCGCUGCAAGUGAAUUUGCCAUCGGGAAUAUCAAGUUGCUCGAGUCCCAGUCCAACAAGUAAUAGAGCUGGAAUGCGACUACCCUAUGGUCUAUCACCUUCACCUACCCGCCGUACUUUUUCCACCAGACGUUCUAUGUCUCCUAUUGCAAUGCGUCCAAGUCAAUUAGGACCAGUUAAGCGAAAGUUUGAAUUGGAUGACACAAGUAAUUGGAAUAUUUAUUCUCCUCCACCAUUAAAAAAGAUUUUCACAGAAAGUCGUGGCUCGUCUCCUAUUUGCCAAUCACCAUCCUCCGUAUGUCCCAGUCCAGAUUCUGGCACCUAUGAUGGUCGAAUAACUCCAAAGCUAUUCAUUUCAAAACUAUGCACCAACAAUACAACCAACUCCACAUCAUGCUCUUCUCCCAUGGGCACUUCGCCAGGAAUUGAUGCUGGAAUUGAUGUGCAGUCGAAUGGGUCGGUGUCAAGUCCCGCCACAAACACAUGCUCAUCGAGCGGAAGUGAACCUAUGUGCAUAACGCCAUUCGAAAGUGUGUCCGAAGAAACUAAUUCAGCAGUUGGAAAGAAAGUCGCCACCCCUGUGGUGGACAAUGAUGAUGCAACUCUAAUGGACGACAUUAAGAGUGAAACGUCUUCGAUAAGCGGUGACUCGUGUGUCUCCAGCUCUGGUUCUGAAAUCCCAAAGCCAAAUUUUUUAAACAAAAUCCCAACUAACACUGGAUUUGGUUCGUCGUCAAAUCACCCUGCCACCAAAGCUGCAGGACAAAUGAAUGAUGUGUCAUCAUCGACGGCUACAAUUCAGCCAACUACUAAUACUUGCAAGCCAGACAGUAUUAUUUAAACAAUGUUUACCCCACUGAGGUUAUGUAUAUAAAUUAUUCAACAAAAAAAAAACAUAAAUACCCUACGUUUAUUUACUUAAAUUGAUAUUAAAACAAAAUAUAUUAUUAAUCUCUUAUAUUUAACAAAAAUAAUAAUAAUUAAGAACAUAAACAUAAAUAAUGAACGAAAGCUUUGUUGGACAGAAAUGAAGUGUGUUUUUGACGUUUUUUUAACUCAUUUUUGUAGAGUUGUUUUUUGUCUAGUUGUUAAUCGAAGUGCUUAGUUUGUAGUUAAUUCUCAUUAGUUUUUUUCCCGCAUUGUUUUAUUUUUUUUUUUUUCUGUUUGUUUGUCAAUAUUCUGUUUAUCCAUUUACUAUUUUUUCUUUUCUUAUUUUAAACACAAUAACUUAUUAAAUAGAUUGCUAGUUUCGUAUAUAUACACAAAUUAUUAUUUUAGCGUACAAAAUACCAGGUAUGGAUUUAGGAUAAAUUAGUUAUUUAAAUUGAUUCAAAUUUUUAAAAAUAUAUUAUAAAAGAAAAUAAUUAUAUAACCAAUAUAAUAUUAUAUAAUAUAUAAACAUAAAUUAGGUUUUCCUUGAUAAAACCGCACGGUCAUAGCUAAAAAAUUAAAGUUUUUUUUGUUUUAUUUUGAAAAUGUAAGCCAAAAAUAAGUAAAAAAAUAUAUAUAAAAAAAUGUAUUCAUCUUACCUGGUUGUUAACAUUUAAGUUCGUAAAAUAUGAAACAAAUAAUAAUGCUUGGUAUUGUAUUAAUCUAUACCAACGACAUAAUAAAGAGUGUAGAAAAAAUCACAA